UUACAGCGCGGUGGAAGCGGACGCCUGCGCAGAGGGGGUGAUCGUGCGCUCGCGCCCCGCCUCUGCUGAGCCGCGCCAGCGCAGUCAAGUGCCAGCGAGCAGAAGCAGCGCCUGCGUGGUCGUGGCCAGGGAGGCUGUGGCGGCAGCGGCGAUGGAGCCAGCGGAGCCCCCAAACGAGUUGGUGUCAGCCGAGGGCCGAAACCGGAAGGCGGUGCUGUGCCAACGUUGUGGCUCUCGCGUGCUACAGCCAGGGACCGCUCUCUUCUCCCGUCGACAGCUUUUCCUUCCCUCCAUGAGAAAGAAGCCAGCUCUGGCUGAUGGCAGCAACCCUGAAGGCGAUCUCCUCCAGGAGCACUGGCUGGUGGAUGACAUGUUCAUCUUUGAGAAUGUGGGCUUCACCAAGGAUGUGGGCAACAUCAAGUUUCUGGUCUGCGCAGACUGUGAAAUUGGACCCAUUGGCUGGCAUUGCCUCGAUGACAAGAACAGUUUCUAUGUGGCCUUGGAACGGGUUUCCCAUGAGUAACUUAGGGGAUGGGGACUCAGAUCCACCCGAACUAUAAAAGCUCUCCCCACAAGAACUGGCGUUGGACCUUUGUAACUCCUGUGCUGCCUUCUCUGUACUAAUACAAGCGACGAGCACCAACACCUCCACUGGAGCACGCACAGGGCCAGGCCUCCUUCCUCCGCGCCCCCUGCAUGCCUCGGGCCAGGUCCCCGUGCAUAACGUGUCCUGAUCCCCUUUCCCCUCGUUUUAAGAUACUGUCAUACCUGGCGCUCUGCCGAGGCUGUCUUUUACCCAGGACUUGCUUUUGUUUUUUUCUUGCUCUAGAAGAGCAGUAUUCAACUUUUUAGCCAUGACAUAUGACAAAAGAUGCUCAUGUGCUGAUAGAUGAAACUCCAUCUUUUUCUCAUUCAGGAAAGCAUAUUUGGGGGCUGGGGACAUAGCUUAGUAGGUAGAGUGCUUGCCUCGCAUGCACAAGGCCAGUGGUUCAAUCCCCAGCACCACAAAAAAAAAGAAAAAAGAAAGCUUAUGCAUGCUGGGCACAGAUUACGACUGUAAUCCCAACAUCUCGGGAGGCUGAGGUAGGAGGAUCAAGGGUUCAAAGCCAGCUUCAGCAAUGGUGAGGCACUAAGCA